ACGUUUGGAUUUCCAAAGAGAAAAUUCAAACAUGGAGAUCAGUGCGUGUAAGGGGCAGAGAGUAGAUUAAAAACAACAACAACGGAAAACAAGCGACCUUGAAAAUAACGUUCAAGUUACCAAUCGGAGCAAUUCCUUGGAGUGGGUUUCUGAUCUGUAACAAUGCCGGCUAACAAGUCACCGGUGAUCAAUAAGUUUGGAGUAAUAUCUUCCUCUUACCAUGAAGAACUCUUGAAAUUUAAUUUGGAAAGUGCGAAUAGAAAGAAGAGUCCCAAAACAAAGUCGUCGUUUUCAAUCACCAAAGAGUUCAUAUUGAAAUUUAACCACACAGAGAAUCCAUUAGAGAAGGAAGAAUUGUUGGAACAAGCUAGGAAACUCCUCGUCAGAUGUAAGAGGAAGCUGGGUCUCAAGGCGCUGGGCUCUGGGAAGCACGUGCAUCUUCCGACUGCGUGGGCAGAGGUCAUCUAUCUGGCUCAGUGCAAAGGGGAGAUCCAAGACGAAGCUUUGAACAUGCUCCACGCCUCGUUGGACCACGCUUCCUUCAGCUGCGAUCAGCUCCCUGCCCUGUUCUUUCUGGCGGAAUCGGUUUUAUAUCGGCUCUGUUGUGAUGCAUUCCUGAAGGGGUUUUUAUAUUUGAUUGAAAUAAAACUGGUGAAGAUUGGCUAUUUGAUCUUCUUACGACUGUUUGUUUUUUUCCUGCACGGUCACUUAGAAAGUUUUAAACAACAUUUGCUUAGGCUGCAACCAUAUCUAUACGCACUUUAUUUCUCUGAGGUAUCCUUCCAGAAGUAUCCAAACAUCCUCUCAAACGUGCAGUUCAUUCUGAAAACGUCGGAAAUUAUAUGUAAAAGAGAACUCCACUCUGAGUCAGUCGUGGGGAAUGGAGACGGAAUGGAGGGCGUGUCUCCUGACUUGGGGCGUUUGAAGACGGAUGCGGGGGGCUAUGAAGUCAGCCACCUGCUCUGGCACUGCGUGGCUGCCUGGUCUUGUGUUCAGAACAAUAGUCCUCAGCUGAAUGAUGUGCUUCAACAUCUCCUCUGCCACAAGACACAGCUUCAAACGAAAUGCUGGUUGGAUUCAGCGCUGGCUUUGUUGGUCCUGGGGGAGGCUGCUAAGUUGAACAUGGCCUGCUUGAAGGCACUGAUGGACCUAGUGAGAGAUUUCCUUCUGAGCAUCUCCUCCGUUCAGAACCAGGAAAAGAGCUUUGAGACGUAUGACCUUUCCUGGGCCUCAGAUGUUAUCUUCACAUAUACAACAAUUAUUUCGGAAGUGUGUUUGUAUGCAGCUACCUCUUACCUGAGGAAAACGGCUUUGAUUGGGUUCUGUGACUGUCCAAGUCGGCAGAAGGAGGCUUUCCCCAUGGACAAGUCAGAAAAGCAGCCAGAACUAGAGGGGAUGAGCAUUUUAAGUCUUCUGAAAUAUUUCUCUUCCAAGAUGUCUGAUAACUGCCAAAAGGGAAGAAGCUGGGCACAGCAGCACGUCACUGUAGAGUCAGCUCUCUGGGAGGCGGAGGCAGGAGGAGGACCAGCAGAUCGCACAGGAGAACGGAAGCCGAAGAGCCACAUGCAGAGGGGUCUGUUAGAGUCUCCAGGUGCUGAUGUGGUCUGGAUAGGAUAUUAUGGCAUAGUAUAUAACAUGGUGAAGAUGUCAUGGGAACUUCAGGGUGAUGAGGAACAGGAUGGACUUAGAAACUUGAUAUGGAAAAUCCUGCAAAAUAUAAGGGAUUAUGAGCAAGAUCCACGAAUCCAAAGUGCAUUAAUGAUAGCCCAGGCUGAAUUAAACGAGCCAGUUGACCCGUUCACUAGGUACAGCACAAAAGUUGUACCAAACCUCGGAGAAGAAGUUUUCUCGAAGUACGUCGGGUGGAGAGUCGCCAGCACACUCUCCAAGCUCUUCUUCCCCUCCCUGGACGCUGCCCGAGUGCUGUCCUCAAAGAGGCCCGCAGAGGUCGGUCGGCCAAGGAAACACACAGCCCAGACACAGGCGCCCGCCCGCAAGAGAGUCCUUCGCUUUUGUGUAAAGGACCAUUCUUCUGUACUAGAUAUUUCCAUGUUUCCAUACCCAGAUUUCUUCACCAAGGCAGAUAAGAAAUUGACAGAAAUCAUCGACCAUCAUUGGCAGAAAGAAACGGAGGCCCGGCAGCAGGAGGAAGAAGCCUGUGAGGCCCAAAGACGUUCUGACGAGGAGAAAAAGGCGAAAACCCGCUUUCAAGAAAUUAUGAAGCAGAGAGAGAAGAAACUGAACAAGAAAACCAAACCCUAUGAAAUCCCGUCCUUGGAAAAAGAAGAUGACCUGGAAAAGGAAAGUGGGUUCCAUGGGCCAGGACCGGAAACGACAACCCUAGCUAAGUGAGCUAUGUGGUAGGAACGCAUUCUUAGAGUUAACUUGAGGCCCUUCUUAAAAAGGAGUUAUCUUGGUACUGGUUAGUAGUCACAGCGUAGUCUUAUGUUAGUAGUCGAGUUUUCUCCACACUUAGGUGAGGUGUGUUCACCGGCUGUCCCUGUCUCCCCUCGUUCUGGUGAAGCUGCUUCAGUUGCUGUCUGAAGAGACUGAACUGAAGAUUAACUAAUGAGCUGGGGGAGGGGUUAAGGGGAGAACAAGAGAAUUGCUCUUGAAAGCAUGAGUGAAUGUAAUCUUGUGUCCUUUGAAAGCUUUUAUUUCAAUAAAGAAGUUAUGGUGCCUCUGUA